CAUCGUUCAGUACUUCAGUUCAUGAUUGAUGUCCGCGGACUUUCCUAGAAAAACAACCACCUUUUAGAAUUUGUUAAUCUAGAGUGGUUUACCAUUUUUUUUAAUUAUAAAUACUGUUUUGGUACUACCAACCUUCACUCUUCCAUUGCUUCGUUUUCUUUUGUUGCGACAUACUUUACAGUUCACAGAGAAAGAAAAAGGGGAGAGAGAAAAAAAGCAGGCAAUGGCGACUACGAGUUUGGUAAAGCUAAACGCUGCGUCUUCCAAUUGGAUCGGUCAACACUCCUUCACUAAACGCAGCGGAUCAUCAUCCUCCGCCGCCGCCGUCGCCUUCCCAACUCGCCGAUUCUCCCUACCCGUCGUCCGCGCUUCUUCCUCCUCCUCGUACGUUGACGAGCUCGUCAAAACCGCUAAAACUAUUGCCUCUCCUGGACGUGGUAUCCUCGCCGUCGAUGAAUCUAAUGCAACUUGUGGGAAAAGGCUAGCAUCCAUUGGCUUAGAUAACACAGAAGCCAACCGUCAGGCGUAUAGGCAGCUUCUCCUUACAACUCCUGACCUAGGUGAAUAUAUUUCUGGUGCCAUCCUAUUUGAGGAAACACUUUACCAAUCUACAACAGAUGGAAAGAAGUUUGUGGAGUGUCUACGUGAUCAAAACAUUGUACCUGGCAUCAAAGUUGACAAGGGUUUGGUUCCGUUGCCAGGGUCAAAUAACGAAUCUUGGUGCCAAGGGUUAGACGGUUUGGCUUCAAGAUCUGCUGAGUACUAUCAACAGGGUGCUCGUUUUGCAAAAUGGCGUACAGUUGUUAGUAUUCCAUGUGGACCUUCUGCUUUGGCUAUUAAGGAAGCUGCAUGGGGACUUGCUCGUUAUGCUGCUAUUUCUCAGGACAAUGGCCUUGUUCCCAUAGUGGAACCAGAAAUUCUUCUUGAUGGUGACCACCCGAUUGAGAGGACUCUUGAAGUAGCAGAGCAGGUGUGGGCUGAAGUCUUUUUCUACUUGGCUCAGAACAAUGUUGUUUUUGAAGGAAUCCUUCUUAAGCCAAGCAUGGUUACUCCAGGAGCUGAGCACAAAGAAAAGGCUUCUCCAGAAUCCAUUGCGAAACAUACACUUCAAAUGCUUACGAGGAGAGUACCUCCUGCUGUUCCUGGGAUCAUGUUCUUGUCUGGAGGGCAAUCAGAAGUAGAAGCAACCUUAAACCUCAACGCAAUGAACCAAAGCCCCAACCCAUGGCAUGUCUCUUUCUCAUAUGCUCGUGCACUGCAGAAUAGCGUACUUAGGACAUGGCAAGGACGCCCAGAAAAUGUGGAAGCUGGACAGAAAUCACUUUUGAUUCGUGCAAAGGCAAAUUCCCUUGCUCAACUUGGGAGGUACUCUGCAGAAGGUGAGAAUGAAGAAGCCAAGAAGGGUAUGUUUGUCAAGGGAUACACCUACUAAGGCUAGAGUUUGAAGUUCUUUGUAAGUCACCAUUGUUAAAGGUGCAUCUCAUUUUCUCUUCACUAGUUACUUGAUGAGGUUGUCAAGACUCAAGAGCUAGAGUAUUGUUUUAAUUUCGUAAAUGCUUCUAAGUUUUGCUUGAUAAUAUUGGAGUUACCAAUCUUAGCAUA